AAAAAAAAAAAAAAGGUUGACAGUCCAAUAGGUAGAAGAGUGCGAUUCUUCUUACUUCUUCUCCGCCCUAAAACGAAUCAAACUCUGCUUACUGUCCUCUCUAUCGUUCGAUUCAUUCACCAUGUACAGAAACGUUUCUUCACGCCUUAGAGCUUACAGGGCUCGUUCGUGCAAUAGAGUACCUGCCACUACCCGAUUUGCAAGUUCAAGUUCUGUUUCCCCGAAACAAUCCUCAUCUGCUUUAGGUGGUUUGUUUGGAUGGCUCACCGGAUCAUCCACUCCUUCGGCGCCCCCUCUAGAUUUCCCACUUCCCGGUGUUACUCUUCCCGCUCCAUUGCCUGAUCAUGUCGCGCCCGGGAAAACCAUAAUUACUACGCUCCCAAAUGGAGUUAAAGUCGCCUCUGAAACAUCACCGUCUCCUGCUGCUUCAAUAGGUCUAUAUGUCGACUGUGGUUCAAUCUAUGAGACCCCAUUAACUUUUGGGGCUACACAUUUGCUCGAACGGAUGGCCUUCAAGACCACUGUAAACAGGAGUCAUUUUCGUGUGGUUCGUGAGGUGGAGGCUAUUGGUGGCAAUGUGCAGGCCUCAGCAUCUAGAGAGCAAAUGGGUUACACAUUUGAUGCUUUGAAGACCUAUGUUCCUGAAAUGGUGGAAUUGCUUGUUGAUAUUGUGAGGAACCCUGCAUUUCUUGAUUGGGAGGUCAAUGAGCAGCUUCUGAAAGUGAAGGCUGAGAUCGGUGAAGCUUCCAAAAACCCUCAAGACUUGCUAUUGGAAGCAAUUCAUUCUGCUGGUUUUGCUGGUGCCUUGGCUAAUCCUCUUUUAGCCUCAGAGUCAGCCGUAAAUAGACUAAAUGGCACACUUCUCGAAGAAUUUGUUGCUGAAAAUUAUACUGCACCUCGAAUAGUACUUGCAGCUUCUGGUGUUGAGCAUGAGGAAUUGUUAUCCAUUGCCGAACCUCUUUUGUCCGAUUUACCCAGUGUUCCACGUCCUGAAGACCCAAAAUCAGUAUACACAGGCGGUGAUUAUCGUUGUCAAAGUGAAACAGGGAGGACCCAUUUUGCUCUUGCAUUUGAACUUCCUGGCGGCUGGCAUAACUUGAAGGAUGCUAUGGUUUUGACUGUUCUUCAGAUGCUAUUGGGAGGCGGUGGAUCAUUCUCAGCUGGUGGGCCUGGUAAAGGGAUGUAUUCGCGGCUGUAUCUUCGUGUUCUGAACGAGUAUCCACAAGUUCAUUCGAUAUCGGCAUUCAACAAUAUUUACAACAAUACCGGCAUUUUUGGUAUCCAAGUCACAACAGGUUCAGAUUUUGUGUCAAAAGCCAUUGAUAUUGCAGCUAAUGAGAUUCUCACAGUUGCUACUUCUGGACAAGUCGAUCAGGUACAACUAGAUCGUGCCAAACAAGCUACGAAAUCUGCCAUUUUGAUGAAUUUGGAAUCCAGAAUGGUUGUUUCAGAAGAUAUAGGAAGACAAGUUUUGACAUAUGGUGAAAGGAAACCUGUGGAAGAUUUUUUGAAAGCAGUGGACGAAGUAACUUUGAAGGACAUCGCUUCAAUUUCUCAAAAACUCAUUUCGUCACCUCUCACAAUGGCAUCAUAUGGAGACGUUUUAUACGUUCCAAGCUACGAAUCAGUGAGCAGUAAGUUCCGUUCAAAGUGAGACUGUAGACUGCUAUUUUAUGCAUCAUAUCGAUUCUUCUUGUACGACUAAAAAAUGUAUAAUUAAGUCCAAAUCUUAUAUAUCCUUGUUGUUGUCAAUAAAUUUGUGAAUGUGCGCAGAAAACAUCUGCGUAUAUUGUUAUUUUUUGGUACACAAUCAUUAAAUUUUUAUUUCGUUUUCUAAGCUGA